GUGUUGCUGUGUUGUGCCUGGCGGCGGCAGUGGAGCCGCGAAGUGUGGACGUAGGUCGGGUGAGGUCACGCACUCGCCCCGAGCCCCCGGGCGGGUAUCGAGCCGUGCGAGUGCAGUCUGCUCCUACUGAGACUCCUGUUUCGCCGCCUCCUGCCGAAACCCUCCUCAAGCCCGGCUUCAAGAUUGUGACUGAACUGCCCAAGCCCAAGCCCGGCUUCUACCUAAACCGACAGUUCAGUUCCGAUUCCCGAGACAGGAAGGCCAAAGUCCUUACGUCCGACGGCGAAGGCGCGGGCCUCCCUCGCCCCAAGGAGGCCUUCUUCCUCAACCGCCAGUUCCAGCCCGAUUACAAGCCCGCGAGGCCCGAGGACCAGCCCGUGAAGGUGGUCGAGGAAAACGGCCGAUACUGGAAAGUCGUCGGGCUUCCGGAGCCAGACGAAUCCUUCUAUCUGAACCGCCAGUUCAGUAAUAACUUCGCGACCCCCAAGAAGGUGUCUUCUGACCCCGCCACGAAAAAGGAAGUCUUCUUGGUGAAGAAAGGCACCGAGAAACCUCGCGUGGUCCAGACUCCCUCGCCAGUCACCGUCGCGCCGAGCGUGGGCACCGCCUCCGGCCAGACGGCGCCGCAGCGGCCGAGGCCGAGCGCCAGUUUUUACGACGCCUUCCGUGCGCCUCGUCCCAGCACGGCGUCCCGGGCCUCCAGGCGCCCCUCGCCGCCCCAGCCCGCAAAUCCCUCUGCUGCCGGCGUCGCACCGCCGUUAGGCCGUCGGCAGAGGGGCAGGCAGCGAGAGCAACCGCAGCAGACGCAGGCGGUGGAAGCACCUUCUGGCGGCGCGGGAUCGAGCAGGAGAACACACCUCGUGACGGCCCAGGCGCGCCCUCAGCGGGAUGAGGCGCCGUCCGCGGGCACAGGCUUCAGCUGCCACGGGAAGCCGUACGGCUACUACGCCGACGUCGAGUCCGGCUGCCAGGACUAUCACAUCUGCAACCCUGUCAGUUUUGCCGGAAAGUUCGUUCAGUACUAUAAAUACAGCUUCUCCUGCGGCCCCGGCAUGCAGUGGGACCUGCAGGCGAACUCGUGCGUGCCUGCCGCCCUCGCCGCCCCCUGCGCCUGAGCCCGCUCGUCGGCGUCGCCUCGCUGUGUCUGUGCUUGUCUGCGCAUUGUCUGCCUUUGUUUGUUCCUGCCAAGAAAACACGCUGUCGGAAUUUCAAGCUGGAAUACCAUGAAAGCAACAGGAAAAUAUGUUUGUCAAGAUUUUAGUAAAUGCAAUUAUCAUAUAUUUUGCCGAUAUCUCUCAGGAUAUUUUGGGAUUCUAAUAUUUUAGUAUUCUCCGACAUGCACCAACAUAUAUUCCAAAGUGCAUACCACUGCAGCAUAUUUCCUUGCAUACACCCACCAUACACAUACCUGACACACUGUCUUCCCUAAUAAAUGAGAUGACUUUUCUAAGAAACAAAAGUCAUAAGAAGAAAACUUUAGGGCAGUAUUGGAUAUCUAAUAAAUAUUUGAUAUCUGCAGAUAUUUUCCCUUGGCCAGUCUUGGAUUAUAAAAAAUAAUAAUAUCUGUAGAAGUGCUUUGGAAAUAUCACUUAAUUUCUUUCCUGUGAAAUACGAAAGUAUAAGAUACAUUAAAGGCAUUUCCCCAUAGAUUUUUCGACAGUAUGAUUUUCUGCAGGAAUUUUUAACAAAGUUAUACAAAAAAUAAAACGAACCAGUAUUCAUGAACAGGAAUAAAUCCUGCAAUUAUAAAGGUAUAAUAUCGAUUUCUAAAAAUAAAUCCUACUAUAGUA